AUGCCGUCCCAACGACGGAUGCGCCUCAUCCUCCUGGCGGGCCUGAGCUCCGUCAUUCUCAUCUUCUUCUACACAAGCCGUCUGUCCGACGACGCCAUGUCAAAGGAGCACACGCCCUUUCGCGACUUUUACCAAAAGACCAAGCACGCCAUGGACGCCGGGUCGUCGUCGUCGUCGUCGCAGCUCCGCCCCGCCGACCGAGACAAGGACGGGGACAUUGACGAGGACGACAGAGCGCUGGGCGCGGACAUGCAGACGCGGCUCAAGGAGGCUGAGCUCCGCGCCAAGAAGAUUGCCAACCAAAAGGGCGGGCUCAAGCCCGACCCCCCCAGCAACGUUGUCGGCGUGGGGAGCUCAGCGGACGGUCAGGAUGGUGCCGGGGGCUCCAGCGGUGAGCAGGUCGAGGAGCUCAGAGACGCUGAGGCGGAGCUGAACAUGAUUCUCAAGAAAUCACCGACCAUCAUCUUCUCCAAGACAUUCUGCCCCCACUCGAAACGCGCAAAGAAGCUCCUCCUCGAGAGGUACACAAUCUCGCCCGAGCCGUACAUUGUCGAGCUGGAUGAGCACCCCAUGGGCCCGGCGCUGCAGGAUGCGCUCGAGGCCAAGACGGGGCGGCGGACGGUGCCCAACGUGCUCAUCAACGGCGUGAGCAUUGGUGGCGCGGACGACGUGUAUGAGCUCGACGGGCAGGGUCUGCUGAUUGACAAGAUUAUCGAGUUUGGGAGUAAACGUGUCGAUGUCGCGCGGUCGCCGAGAGGACGGACCUACGCGACGCCAGUCUCCACCACAGCAAACGAGUCCCUCUCCGAAUCCAACUCGGCCAGGGCACUGUACGGCAACGUCACCAUGGGCAUGGUGUGUCCGAAAUCCACGCCAAACAGGAUAGGAAACGCAUUCUUGCCCGCCAGACGGCCCUCGCAGAACAGCCCGGUAAUGACACGAAGUUUUACUGCCCCCUACAUGUUCCAGCCGUCCGAGGAGCCGCACUAUAUCAGCGCCUUUAUCGGCAUGAUGUUAUUCGGCAUCGCGUCGGCAGGUUGCGCCCUUGGUCUCAAUUGGUGGCUCGUCAGGUCCAACAAGAAGCUCUACAAGGCGGCUGACAGGGAGGACACGGCCUACCAGCUUUAUGUCACCUAA